GCGGGGAAGUCCCAAGCGCGGGUACAAGAGCGCGGCGCGCGCCCAGGAGGGCGGCCCGGACGGUGGCGCAGCGCUCCAGCCAUGUCGCAAGGCCUCCAGCUCCUGCUCCUAGGCUGCGCCUGCAGCCUGGCGCCCGCGAUGGCGAUGCGGGAGGUGACGGUGGCUUGCUCCGAGACGGCGGACCUGCCGUGCACAGCGCCCUGGGACCCACAGCUCUCCUACGCGGUGUCCUGGGUCAAGCUCUCAGAGAGUGGCAACGAGAGGUUGGAGCUACCCCAGAGCCGGCAAAACAGCUCCUUCGAGGCCCCCAGGAAAAGGUCUUAUUCUCUGACUAUCCAAAACACUACGCUCUGCAGUUCUGGUACCUACAGGUGCGCGCUGCAGGAGCUCGGAGGGCAGCGCAAUCUCAGCGGCACUGUGAUUCUGAAGGUGACAGGAUGCCCCAAGGAAGCUACAGAAUCAACUUUCAGGAAGUACAGGGCUGAAGCGGUGCUGCUCUUCUCUCUGGUCAUUUUCUACCUGACACUCAUCAUUUUCACCUGCAAGUUUGCACGACUACAGAGUAUUUUUCCAGAUAUUUCUAAACCUGGUACAGAACAAGCUUUUCUUCCAGUCACCUCCCCAAGCAAACAUUCAGGGCCAGUGACCCCUCCCAAAACAGAAACUGUAUGAGUAGGAUCUCCACUGGUUUUUACAAGGCCAAUGGCAUAUCAGAUCAGUGUGCCUGAAUGCCGCCUGGACGAGAGAAGAAUGAACCCCACCCUCAGGCGGAAACCUUUCUCUGAAGUCCUUCACCUGACAGUGGGUUCCACACUACUCCCUGCCACAGGGUCUUGAGCACCAUCACAUGACAAUGGAGCAUGGAAACAUCACUGCUUCUCUGUGGCUGUCAGCUUAGUGUUUUACGCGGCUAUCUGGUCAACCUCGUGAAUGCCUUUCAGUCAUAUAAAAGCUAUGGUGAGACGCAGGUGGAACAGGGUCAUGGGAACUUUGAACACUCUUAGCUGGCCCUGUGACAGACUCCUGAGGAUGAGUGUCCUCUCUUCUACAUCUGGGAUACACCUCUUUGAAUUUGUCCUGUUUUGUUGCACCAGUCCAGAUGUCUCACAUCUGGCAGAAAUUGACAGGCCAAGCUGUGAGCCAGUGGGAAAUAUUUAGCAAAUCAUUUCCCAGUGUGAAGGUCCUGCUAUUAGUAAGGAGCAUUAUGUGUACAUAGAAAUGAGAGGUCAAUGAACUGUUCCUCAGCAGGGUCUUUUCAUCUGGAAGAGAUAUCCAUAAAGCGGCAAUAUAGAAGGAUGCUACAUUUAUUUUUUUAAUCUACAUGUACUUGUCAAAGAAGAAUUUUCAUGUUUUUCAAAGAAGUGUGUUUCUUUUCUUUAAAAAAAAAAAAAAGAAUGUCUAGCUAAAUAGUAUUGCUAGCUGAUGAGAAGCCCGAGUGACUAUGGACAAGGUCUCUCAGAAUAAACACAGCAAGCUAGAAGGGCAGACCAUGGACUGUGCAACCAGAAGUCUGGCCACAAUUGUCCAAGCCUGUCUGUAUGAUCCUGGAUGAGUCACUCAUGGUUUUCACUUUCUGGCUUGUAAACCAUAUAGUUUGUCUGGGUUGACUAAAAUGAAUGUGAAAAUGCUUUGGGAAAGCUGAAGGUACUGUCCACAGUGGUAACCCCACUGGGUUGUUCUUGUUGAUAUCCUAGAGUUCUGGAGUUGAGUGAAAGCCUAUUGUGUUUCACCUUUCCCAUCGAUCCAAACAAAGAAGGCUAUAAAGAGGACGUUGCCAUGGUCUUCUAUGUGAACUCCUCCUGAGAAAUGUGGAGAGUGGCUCAAUGUUUUGUUCUUGAAGGACCAAUCACAAGUUCUUGAAGAUAUGGACCUAUUGGGACCACUGGGCCAUGGCCGGAGGGAGUUUUCAGAUGUUGCACUGAUGUAACAUUGUUGCAUUUCUUUAUGAACUUGACUCCUUCCUCAUCUGCUUCCCAAAGAGAGUUUUGUCCCAUUAAUGGUGUGUGUAUCACCCACACUAAUAUGAGUGUGAAAGUGAUGCUGAGCUGACCCAGUGUGUUUGCCUGUCAGUCAUCACUUUCAUGCUAUUAAAAAGUGUGCAUGUGAA